AUGAAUAAACGAAAAUUGCCACCCAAACAGUAUAUUCGAACUCGAGUUGGAUUCGUUUUUCAAUUUGGAGGUUUGUUUUUUUGUCCCGGGAAAAAAUACGUUUCAAAAAAAUUUGAAUUAAUUUUACAUGUUCUAUAAUUUUCAAUUCCAACAUUAUAUAUUGUCAGGAAAAAUUCACUGUUUCAAAAAUUUUAUGAAUUUUUAGACACGUGGAUUUCUGGCGGGAAAAUUUUGGAUUCAAAUUUCGAACUUAGCCACGUGGAUUUCUGGCGGGAAAAUACUAGAUUCAAAUUUUCAGAUUAAACCACGUGGAUUUUUGGCGGGAAAAUACUAGAUUCAAAUUUUCAGAUUAAACCACGUGGAUUUUUGGCGGGAAACUUAUUGAUUCAAAUUUUCAGAUUAAACCACGUGGAUUUCUGGCGGGAAGAUUUUGGAUUCAAAUUUUUAGACACGUGGAUUUCUAUCGCUAAAUUUUCAGAUUCAAAUUUUAUCACAUGAAUUUUUGACCUGAAAAUCUCAGAAUUAAAAUUUUGAAACGUGGAUUUCUAGCCGACAAGAUUUCCAAAUUUUAUUUUUUAAUUUUCAACCGCUCAGAAAAAAUUCACUGUUUCAAACUUUGACACGUGGAAUUCUGGCGGGAAAAUUUUAAAUUCAAAUUUUUUUUUGAUUUCAGGUGCAAUAAUUUCCAUCUCAAAAUUCCAAAAAAAUUCACUGUUUCAAAAAUUUGAUGAAUAAAAACCCGAAUUUUGUAUGCGAUACCCAUAGCAUAUGAUAUUGCCCAUUUAUCAAAAGAAAAAAAUUCCAAAAAUUUCAGAAUCCACUCGAAUCUACAAUCUGCUGGGCCCCGAAGAUGAUGCUGAAAAAGAGUGGGAUUGUUCUCCGACCGAAAUGAAGCUUCGUGUUCACAAAAAACAAUUGGAGGCGAAAUUGAGAGCUGAAGCGGCUAAGGAAAUGGAAGAAGAUGAGAAAAGAGCUGAAAAAGAAGAGGAAGAUGAAGGUUGUGGUUGGGGGAUGGAUUAUGGUGAAAAUGGUGGAGGAGGUGGAGCGAGUUUGAUGCAAAAUGUAAGAUUUUCUUAUUAACUAGACUAUAGUCACUUAUUAAAUUUUUCCGCAAGCUUCCGCGUCAGCGGCACUGUCUUUCGCUUCAGCGGCCACGCCGAUCACUGUGACUUGAGAAUCUUACAGAUAUCCACGUCAUAGUAAUCCGCGUGGCCGCUAAAGCGGAAGAUAGUGCCGCUGCGCGGAAGCUUGCGGAAAGAAUUAUUUUGAAACAGCGAUUUUCUCUAAUUAAAUUCGCUGAAAAUUAAAAAUUGUCCUUCAAAUUAAAUUACAAAUUUUUUGAAACAGUAAAUUUUUUAAGUCAACAAUUUUUAAAAAUUCAUUAUAAUCUGACAAUUAUGGAAAAAUUCAUAGAUUCUUCAGAAUUCUCUAACUACAUAUAGCCAAAAAAAUCACUCAGCUAUCAAAGUUUUAUCUCCAAAUUAAAUUUACAAAAUAUUUUGAAACAGUGAACUUUUCAGUUUACAAAAAUUUUAAUUUUUUUCUGUUUCAAAGUUUAUUUUGAUUACGAUUGACUGAGCAAAGUUUCAUAUACAAAUUGAAUUUACAAAUAUUUUGAAACAGUGAUUUUUUUCAAUAUCAUUUACUGGAAAUGAAUAAUGAAUUUUUCGUGUAUCAAAAUUUUAAUUCCAAAAAUUUUAGUUUCAAACUUUAAAUGUAUUGUUUCAUCAAAUUUGUAUUUUCUUUCGAAAUAAUUUUGAAACAGUGAACUUUUUUAGCUCAAAAAAUUUUUGAAAUUUUCAAGGUUGUUCCUUAUUUUAUCAAAGUUUGAUCUCCAAAUUAAAUUUACAAAUUUUUUGAAACAGUGAAUUUUUAAGUUUGGAAAAUUUUAACUAGAAAAAUUUCAAAAAAAUAUCUAAAAUUUGAUAAAUUUAUCGAAAUUAUAUUUUCAAAAAAAAAAAAUUAACAAAUUUUUGAAACAGUAAAUUUUUCAAUACCAAAAAAAUCCAGAAUCCAUUUUUCUCUUUCAGCCCGAAGCCGAUGCUCAUCUAAUGGAAGAUCGUGAAGCCUACUACAAUCAAGAUCCACGAAAAGCGUUGGCCAAAUUUUUCGAGCGAGAAGGUUUUGAUAUGAAUUUUGAAUUCAGUGAACAAGGACAAGGGCAUACACAUAAAUGGGUUUGUAUGAUUGAGUGAGUUGUUUUGGACAAUUUUGUGGGGGAAAUUAUGAAAAUUCAAAAAAUUGAAAAAUUCCUGGUUUCAGAAAUUUUCAGUUUCAAAAAAUUUGAUUUUUUUUAAACAUAAGUAAAUGUGUCUAUCGAAGUUGUAUUUUCAAAAUUAAAUUUAGAAAUAUUUUGAAACAGUAAAUUUUUUGGUUCAAACAAUUUUGAAUUUUAAUCUGAAAAUUCUGCUAGGAUUUAAAGGAACAUUCUAGAUUACUGUAUGCUCCUUUAAAAAUACAAAAUUUCGGAAUAGAAUCCAAAAGGCUCUAAAAAUCUAGACCUUACAAAAUUUAGGCCCUACAAAAUCUAGACUCUAGAGAAUCUAAGUCUAAAUCUAGGUCCUACAGAUUCUAGACCUUGUCAAAUUUAGGCGCUCCAAAAUCUAGAUACCGAAAUCUAGGUCCUUCAAACUCUGAGCCUUAAUUCUAGGCUACAAAAAUGCAGGCCUGAGUUUAGGCCCUUCAAAAUUCAGGCUCUACAAAAUCUAAACCCCGAAAUCUAGGCUCUAAAGUUCUGAAGGCCUCUAAAAAUCUAGGCCUAAGUUUAGGCUCCUCAAAAUCUAGGCCCCUAAGUUCAGGCUGUCCCAAAUCUAUAGAAGCCUCACGAAAUCUAGACCUCACAUAAUCUAAAGCCCUGGAAUCUGGGCCUUACAAAGUCUCAGUCUUAAAUUAGGGCUCUACAAAAUCUAGGACCUCAAAUCUAGGCUCUCCAGAAUCUAGGCCCUGAAGUCUAGCUCCUCCAAAGCCACCCCAAAGCCCAAUAUUCAUUAUUCCAGACUACCAGUCGAAAUCGAUGGUGUAGAUCGUGCAUUCACAGCCUCAGCCACCGUCUCCACCUCAAAAAAAGACGCUCAAACACAAUGUGCUCUCGAAGCCUGUCGCAUCCUCGAUUCCUACAAUGUUCUUCGAAAAUCCAACACAAAACUUCGAAUGGCCAAAAAAACGCUGAAAGACAAUGAUUAUUUUGAGGAAGACGAUGAUUUGUAUUUGGACAGAACUGGACAAUUGGAAAAACAGCGAGAAAAACGGCAGAAAUGGGCGGAGGGCGGCGAAAAUGCGGCAGGCAAAAAAGAUACUUAUGAGAGUCUCGUGGAACAGUUGAAAAACACCAAAGAGGAGUUGGCGGAAUGCCAGAAGAUGUUGGAUAAAUUGGGAAGUAGGAAGAGGAAGGAGAAGCUGAGAAAUGAAGAGGGAGAUGGGGAUAAUUUGGAUGAUUAUAUGAGAGAAUUGGAGAAAAACGGGGGAUAUGGAGAUGAUGCGAAGGUGAGGGUUUUGGGGUGGGAAAUUCAUGGGGAGGGUGAAAUUUGUGAGCAAAAAUAAUGAGUUUUGGCCAUGUUUUGGUCGAAAAUCGUCUGAAAAUCAUCUUUUUGACCAAUUUUUGAGCCAAAAGGUGCAGUUUUGGGUGAAAAAUUCAAAUUUCAGACAUUUUUUAGUCAAAAAUUGUCCAAAAAUCCCUUUUAGGGCAAAAAUGAGCAUUUCGGGAUCAUCUAAAAAUUUGAAUUUCCCAAAAAAACCCGCCGAAUUCUCAAUGGAGCGCGUUUGCCAAUUUCAGAGCUAAAAUUCGAGUUUUUUCAUGUUCCAGGGGUCAAAUUUGGGGGGAAAUUUGAAUUUUCGGUUUUUCUGAAAAUUUGAAUAUUCAAAAAACCCGCCAAAUUUUCAAUGGAGCACAUUUGCAAAAUUCAGAGCUAAAAUUCUAGAUUUUUGAGCUUAGAGCUCAAAUUUCAUGCAGCUUUCGAACAAUCCAAUUUUUCCAGACCAAAACCGAAAAAUCAAAAUGGCGUCAACGUUUCGUGGCAGCCACCCACGAAAUGCUGAAACUCGAAAAAUUGGUGAAAAUCGCAAAACCUGUGGAAAUCACGGGAUUCAAGACGUUGAGCGCCAAUUCCGGCGAUAAACAGGCAUUUUUGCGGAAAAUGUUGGCGGCGAAAAAAGCGGCGGCCGCGAAAGUGGCACAAGAAAAUGAAGCGGGACCUUCGGAGCCGCCAAAAAUCACUGAGCCAAAACCAGUUGAGCCCGAAACUUCGAAAAAAGCGGAGAAGCCUGUUGAGAAGCCUGAAAAAGAGCCCGAGCCCGAAGAAGAGCAAAAUUCGCUGAAAAAACGAGUGGCGGAUUGGGAAAAAGAGCUGGAAUUGGAACAAGAGGCGAGGAAGAAGCGAAAAAUUGAGGAAAAUCGGAAGGUUCGGCAGGAGACUGUGAAAAAUCGAGGAGAAAUUGAGAAGAAAAUCGGCGGAGCUGAAGAUUAUGGUGUUGGGUGAGUUGGUUAUGACGUGGCAGAAUUUGAGUUAGCCUAAAUUACAAAUUUCGGAGCAUUUUUCCUCUAAAAUUACCGUAUCCUAGUAUUAUUGGAUGAGAAAUCCAAAUUUAUUCAAAAAUUACAAAUUUCGGGUUUUUUUUCUCAGAAAUUACAAAAUUUUUCAAAACUUCCAAAAAAAAAUUUUUCAAAAAUUCUUUCCCGCCCAAAUCAAAAUUUUGAUUCGGGCGUGAAUUCAAAAUUUCCAAAAAAAAUUUUUUGAAAAAAAUGUUUUUUUGGAAAUUUUUUUGAAGCUCAAAAAUGCUCCAAAUUUCACUAGAAAUUCGAAAAUCCCGAAUUUCGGAGCAUUUUUCUCAAAAAUUACAGUAUCCUGAGCUUUUUAGAGCUCAAAAUGCUCCAAAUUUCACUAGGAAUAAGAAAUUCAAAUUUUGUAGCAUUUUUUCUCGAAAAUUACCGUAACCCAGGAUUUUUCGAUCUCAAAAUGCUUCAAAUUUCACUAGGAAUCAGAAAUUCUAACUUUGAAGCAAUUUUAUUCAAAAAUUACCGUAACCUCGGAUUUUUGGAUCUUAAAAUGCUCCAAAUUUCUCUAGAAAUAAGAAAUUCAAAUUUUGUAGCACUUUUCCUCUAAAAUUACAGUACCCUAGUCUUUUUUGAGCUCAAAAUGCUCCAAAUUUCACUAGAAAUCAGAAAAAGCCGAAUUUUUUCAGCUACGAAGAUCGCGAUGAAAAAUACACAACGUGGAUGCCACCCAACAAAGAAUCCAACGAGGCAAAACAAGAGGCACUUCGAGCCAAAUUCGCCGGUAAAUAUUGA